GGGGUAGGGAUCCAAGGAGAGGUCCAAGAGGUGCGCAUGCGCACUGACCCCGGCGGGCCCUAGCAACCAGAGCAGUGACAGUAGCAACCGCCGGAAUGGCAAAAGCAACAACAAUCAAAGAAGCCCUAGCCAGAUGGGAAGAGAAAACCAGUCAGAAGCCAUCCGAAGCCAGAGAGAUAAAGCUGUAUGCCCAGAUUCCCCCUAUAGAGAAGAUGGAUGCGUCCUUGUCCAUACUUUUUAAUUGCGAGAAGCUUUCACUGUCUACAAACUGCAUUGAAAAAAUUGCAAACCUGAAUGGCUUAAAAAACUUGAGAAUAUUGUCUUUAGGAAGAAACAACAUAAAGAACUUAAAUGGACUGGAAGCAGUAGGGGACACAUUAGAAGAACUGUGGAUCUCCUACAAUUUUAUUGAGAAAUUGAAAGGGAUCCAUGUAAUGAAGAAAUUGAAGAUUCUUUACAUGUCUAAUAACCUGGUGAAAGACUGGGGUGAAUUUGUGAAGCUGGCAGAACUACCAUGCCUAGAAGACCUGGUGUUUGUAGGCAAUCCCUUGGAAGAGAAACAUUCUGCUGAAGGGAACUGGAUUGACGAGGCAAGCAAGAGAGUACCCAAACUGAAAAAGCUAGAUGGUACCCCAGUAAUUAAAGAGGAUGAGGAAGAAGAUAACUAACACCACAUUUUCCACUUUGUGUAACUUAUUUAAAUGUCAUAAGAACAAUAGAUAAGUUUUGUAUAGUUGUCUAUUUUAAAGAUUCUGUGUGGGGCAAAUGGUUCUUAAGAUAAAACAAAUAUUUCAUUCCUUUUUUUGUCCUAACCUAUUCAGUGUUUCUCCCCCAAAAUGAUAACACCAACUUUAUAUAUUCUAGUUCUCUUUUUAGAAGCUAUAAAUUUUCAAUUUUUGUCUUCAGUCCCAGUUAUAUACUGCGUGGCCCCAUCUACUGAAACCUUUAUAGACCAGUCAUUUUUAACAACAAAGGAACAAAUGUGAUUCUUUAUUCAGUCUGUUUAGUUUUUUCAUUUUUGUUUCUGUUUUUUUUAGUCCAGGCAUUUAAAUAUAUACACUUAACUUUUGAAUCUGUAGGCCAUCUUUCUUGAAGGUCCAUCUCUUUAUGACUCAGAAGCACAAAUGUGUCAUGCCUUUGGUUUGGGAAGAGCUCCUCUUAGAAAUAUAGCAGCAGUCCUAGAAUCAAGACUCCAAAGUCCAGUUGGAAAAACUAUGGUGAAAAAAGGAAAAUUAGUACCUUGGAGGCCUUAUAGCCCAUGUUAAAUUUACUUAUUUGUUGUUCCAAAAGUGUGUGCAUUGUCAACUGGAAUUUUGUUGUGUUUACCUGCAUGUCCACUCAAGUCCUGCAAACAGUCAGCCAGUCAUUCUGUGAUCCAGGUCAGUGGUUAAAAUGACUGUUAUAAUCACUCUUUUGACCAAUACUUUGGCCUUAUUACACAUAUGGACCUGAUCUUGGGCAUACUUUUUGGUUAUAGUUCCUUAUAUUGGGUUGGCCAAAAGGUUUGUUCGGUUUUUUCCGUAAGAUGGCUGUAGUAGCACUUAGUUGUCUUUAACUUCAUUUGAAACAAUUUUGUUAGAUUGUAUUGUGACAGCUGUCAUAUCAGCAUGCAUUUAAAAAAAAACUUAUCAAAAUUGGUGAAUUUUUGUGUAGCCAUUUUUUGUGUGUGUGUGUGUGGUAUGCGGGCCUUUCACCGUUGUGGCCUCUCCCGUUGCGGAGCACAGGCUCCGGACGCGCAGGCUCAGCGGCCAUGGCUCACGGGCCCAGCCGCUCGGCGGCAUGUGGGAUCUUCCCGGACUGGGGCACGAACCCGUGUCCCCUGCAUCGGCAGGCGGACUCUCAACCACUGCGCCACAAGGGAAGCCCUGUGUAGCCAUUUUAAUAUUGAAGAUGGAAGAAAAAAAGCAACAGUUUCGGCAUAUUAUGCUUUAUUAUUUCAAGAAAGGUAAAAACGCAACUGAAACGCAAAAAAAAGAUUUGUGCAGCGUAUGGAGGUGGUGCUGUGGCUGAUCAAACGUGUCAAAAGUGGUUUGCGAAGUUUCGUGCUGGAGAUUUCUCGCUGGAAGAUGCUCCAUGGUCGAGUAGGUCAGUUGAAGUUGAUAGCCAUCAAAUCAAGACAUUAAUUGAGAACAAUCAACGUUAUACCACGUGGGAGAUAGCCAACAUACUCAAAAUAUCCAAAUCAAGAGUUGAAAAUCAUUUGCUCCAGCUUGGUUAUGUGAAUCGCUUUGAUGUUGGGGGUCCACAUAAAUUAAGUGAAAAAAUACCUUCUAGACUGUAUUUCUGCUUGCAAUUCUCUACUUAAACGUAACAAAAACGUUCCGUUUUUAAAACAAAUUGUGACGGGCAAUGAAAGGUGGAUACUGUACAAUAAUAUGGAACGGAAGAGAUGGUGGGGCAAGCGAAAUGAACCACUACCAACCACACCAAAGGCCGGUCUUCAUCCAAAGAAGGUGAUGUUGUGUAUAUGGUGGGAUUGGAAGGGAGUCCUCUAUUAUGAGCUCCUCUGGAAAACCAAACGAUUAAUUCCAACAAGUACUGCUCCCAGUUAGACCAACUGAAAGCAGCACUCGUCGAAAAGCGUCCGGAAUUAGUCAACAGAAAACAUAUAAUCUUCCAUCAGGAUAACUCAAGACUGCAUGUCUCUUUGAUGACCAGGCAAAAGCUGUUACAGCUUGGCUGGGAAAUUCUGAUUCAUCCACUGUAUUCACCAGACAUUGCACCUUCAGAUUUCCAUUUAUUUCGGUCUUUACAAAAUUAUCUUAAUGGAAAAAAUUUCAAUUCCCUGGAAGACUGUAAAAGGCACCUGGAACAGUUCUUUGCUCAAAAAGAUAAAAAGUUUUUAGGAAGAUGGAAUUAUGAAGUUGCCUGAAAAAUGGCAGAAGGUAGUGGAACAAAAGGGUGAAUACGCUGUUCAAUAAAGUUCUUGAUUAAAAUGAAAAAUGUGUCUUUUAUUUUUACUUAAAAAACCAAAGGAACUUUUUGGCCAACCCAAUAUGUUAGAUAAGUAAAUAUAUAUAAGCAGUAGUUAUACUUGAGUUCCUAGCCUAAAUGUUGGCCAUUCAUAUUUUUUAAAAUUUGCCCUAAUAACUUUGGUCUGUUGACCCUCAUGUUGAGAGAUGUGAUUGUUGUAAGGGUGUAGAACUUGAAAGACUGGAUUUGGUAUCUUUCAAUAAGUGAAAUUUAGUAUUUCAAAAUAUAUUUUUUCAAAAAGUUUAAGUUAAACAGCUCUUAAAAUGAAUUAUGUAUAUGGUUGUGGAUGGAAAAGAGAUGUUUCAUUAUGGAAUCCCAGGCAAACGGCAUUAUUUUUGAGGAUUGCCUCUUCUGUGAAGCAUAGCAGAUGAUUUAACCUCAGAAUUACAAAGCAAUAGUUGGAUACAGAGCUUGGAAUUUAUCAUAUAAGAAAAUAUUGUUUUUGGAAAAUGCAAGAUACGGUAGUCAGUAACCAGAUGAAGUCCAUAGUAGGCUGUGACUGAGUCACUGAUAGAUUGCAAAAAAGACGUCAGAGGCCCUCUGUCAUAUUGUGCCUAAAGUCCCUCAACCAGACUAUUGGCUCCUAUUUCCCCAUUUACUUGUGUAAAACUAGUCAAAGAGGGAAGAGUCAUUUUUUGUUUGUUUUUUUUUUUUUUUGCGGUACGCGGGCCUCUCACUGUUGUGGCCUCUCCCGUUGUGGAGCACAGGCUCCGGACGCGCAGGCUCAACGGCCAUGGCUCACGGGCCCAGCCGCUCCGCGGCAUGUGGGAUCUUCCCGGACCGGGGCACGAACCCGUGUCCCCUGCAUCGGCAGGCGGACUCUCAACCACUGCGCCAUCAGGGAAGCCCGGGAAGAGUCAUUUUUUAAAAGUGAUAGCAUAAGUAGUCCUGGCUUUCAGAAGUUUUCAGCUGUCAUUUAAGUAGGAAUUACAUGAUUUCUCUGAGUCACUCUGAUCAAAAGGGACCACUGCUUUGACAAUCAAUUCUAAAUAAAGGUCCAAUACUA